GCACCCAAGAAACUGAAGACCCCUGCAACCAAGACAUGCAAACAGACGUCACUUGGAAAAUAAGAUGCAGCUGAAGAAGUUCAAAUUAAAAUUGUCAUCAGUGAUUCUCCCGAAUGUCACUGAAAACCCACCUUUUCCCAUAAUUUUUCAUAAUUUUAUAACUUUGUGUUCCAUAUAAAUAUAUAUAUACUGUAGGUUUCCUUUUGUAGGUGAACAUUUUUUUUUUUACUUUUUCAUGCAGUUUUUUAAUGCUAAAAUCACAGUAGUAGUUUAUCACAGUAAUUUAGCCAAGUCAUUACAUUUUAAAAGAUUUUGAAAAAAAUAAGUAAAUAUUUUAUUGCAUUGCUUGCAAACAUCUUGAUAAUGUUACACUGUAGUUUUUUUCCAAACACAGGUGUUGAACUUGUGUUAUAUGUACACCUACUUUUUAAAAAAACUUUUGUACACCCACUUUUUAACACAUUUAAGAUUAAACUUAAAUCAAUGAAAAUCAUCCACUGACUUGCAUCAGUGAUGUCAUAAUUCUUGUGAAUUGUCAUAUACUUGCUUUUAUGUAAUUUAGAGCUGCAUUUGUAAUGUUGAAUGCGUUUAUACUGUUCAUUUUCUUUCACACCGCAUUUAAAUAACGGGCUUCUCUUUUCACUGGAUUCCCUUCUCAUUGAUAAUUUGAUAGCUUUGUGAAUUGGUUUACACAGUUUAUUUUUAAUUUUGUAAUUGGCAUUAAAUCUUUUACCUGGCAAAUAAUUUAAUUUGAUUAUUCUGGAUACUGAUAUGUCAAAGGAUUGCAAGGUGUCUGAUGUUACUGUACUUCAGAUCUAUCCCCAAGGUAUGAGCAUGAGCUCAUGAUUUGAAGAAAAAAACACUUCAGAGAGGACUUUUCCAUUACUUUGGAACCGCAUACUAGCAUAGCCUACACUCUAGAAUAUAAAUUUUUUUUACGGCAGGAAUGAUAAGGGAGGUAUUUGUGUGGAUUUGAAUUCUGCAUCUGUCUUUCUUCUCACUUGAAUGGAUGCAGCUAAGUAGAACUAGCUUCAGCUACUUACAGUAUAAGCAAACAGUAGUUCUACUAAUUGGUAAGGGGGGUGAACUGGGAGGUUCAACUGAGACAUGAUAAAACCGUUAGUUAUAUAGGGGAGACCGGGGCUGGUUGUAACAUUUUUGACAUUUUUCUGUGUGUAUCUUGGAAUUCUUUUAAGCCAGUAUGUUCAAAAUGUGAUUCAAACUUGUUACAAGUGUCUGUUAUCAAAUGACGUAGAUGUUAGUCUUCUGAAAACAACCAGCCCAAACUUGCCUGGACAGCAUGGACACACCCAUUUUGCACAAAUUUCUCAAAUACGGAACCAGAAAACCAUUUCAUUUCUUUUUUUGAGAUGCAGUCUGAUACCAUGACUGAAAAAAUGUAGUGACCAUAGAGUUUAUCUAGUGACUUUUUCGUGACUUUUUGCAUAGAGUGUCUUGAUCUUCAGUUUAUUUAGAAUAAAUUUGUGUUAGCUGGGAUGGUUGACUGAAUCUGGAGAUUUUUAGGGUUUAGUCUGCUGUUGUUCUGCCGUGUGCAUGUUUACAGAAAAAUGGCUGAAGCCAGUAUUUCAUGGGCUGAGGAUCGGGUCAUCUGUCCAAUCUGUCUGGAUCUACUGAAGGAUCCAGUGGUCAUUCCCUGUGGACACAGUUACUGUAUGAGCUGCAUUACAGACUUCUGGGAUCAGGAUGAUCAGAAGGGAGUCUACAGCUGCCCUCGGUGCAAACAGACCUUCAGUCCAAGACCUGUUUUAGGUGGAAACAAGAGGACUGAAAAACCGUCCAAAGCAGUUAUGGUUAUGCUAAUGCUAACACCUAAGCAGUCUUAUGAUCUGGACUAUGGUGAAAUUGAAGAGUUGCAUAGUUUCAAGUCAGACUUACAACUCAGAGAUGUCCUAGAAAGACAGGUGAUGAAAAUAUAUGGAACAGAGCAGGUUCGUUGGAACAAGUCUUCAGUCAUUGACAAGUCUAAGUUUGUGGCAGAGUAUAAUCUUGAUGCACUUGUCUAUCUGGCUGCCUGUAAUCCUGAACCAGUGAUCAUUCAGAGGAGCAAAGAGCAAACUAAGAAAUACUAUUGUGAACAUGUGAGGUCUGUGGAUGCUUUAUCUCAUCUGUUAUCAAAUGACAAGAAUCGCAGCAUCAGAAUAGAUCAGCUGUUCAGUCCUGACUGUGAUGGAAACACACCAAAAACUGUGAUUCUCAGUGGAGAUUCUGGAAGAGGGAAAUCCUUCACGCUACAGAAGAUCAUGUUGGACUGGGCAACUGGAGAACUUUACUCUGAAAACUUUGAUGUAAUUUUUCUUCUGAAGUUUGAAGAGCUGAAGUGUAUUUCUGAGGAGAUUUGCUUGUUUGAGCUCUUGAGUUGGAGUUGCAGCUUAACAUCAUAUCAGAUCUUACAGAUACUGCAGUUAACAACACCAGAGAAAGUCCUCUUCCUCACUGAUGGAAUUGAUGAGUGUAUUUCAUCCCCCCAGUCAUUUGAGUUAGUACUCACAAAUCCUUCCGAUAGAGCCCGACCUAUGGACAUUCUUAGGAGCGUGUUAAAGGGAAUCUUGCUGCCUGAGUCAUUCAUUCUUAUCACCACAAGAUCUCUAGCUGCUGAUGCAGUGAUGAAUCUCCUCAAGGGUCCUCAGCGUUUCACUGAGAUUGUGGGCUUCUCUGAGAGAGGGGUGCAGGAGUACUUCCAGAAGUAUUUUCAGGAUGAGCAGCUCUUCAGGAAAACAUAUGAGAGAGUGAAGAUAAAUGAAAGCCUCCUGACUGCCUGCUCUGUGCCUUUGCUGUGUUGGAUGGUCUGUUUUUGUCUGAAGAAACACUUUACAGAUGAUGAUCAUGUGAUGAGAGAACUAAAGACAACCACCUCCAUUUAUGUGCACUUUGUGUCCACUCUACUGGAGCAUCAUGACCAGAGUCAGUCUGUCCUCACCAUGCUGAGGAGUCUGGGUCAGCUGGCAGAGGAAGGGGUGAAGAAGCAGCAGGUCUUUUUUGAUGAAAAGAGUGUAGCCAAGACUGGCUUAGAUCCUGCUACUACUUUGUUCUUGUAUAAAGAUGAUCUUAGAGGAAAAGAAAAACAUCAGACAAUUUAUAAGUUCAUCCAUUUCAGCUUUCAGGAGUUCUUUGCUGCACUUUAUUAUGUAUUGUCGGAUGAAGAAGUGCCCUGGUGGAAAUUCAGUGAGCUGUUUAACUUGAUGGAAUCAGAAUCUUUAAUUUGCAGGUCAUCUCCUAUUUUGAGAGGUAAACUAUCAAAUCCCAUCCCUUCAGUCAUGAUGUUUCUCUGUGGUCUCUUAAAUGAGAAGGUGAGCAGCUCAAUCUUUCAAAAGAUCAGGUGGACUGUUCCUCACACCAUGAAACUGAAAAAAAGGGAACUAAAGAAAAAGCUGAUGAAAAGGAUUCCUGCAAUGACACGAUACUACGGAUUUGAGUUAUUUGCUCUCCACUGUCUAUAUGAGCUCCAGGAUGAGAGAUUUGUCAUGAAAGCUCUUAAAACACAAAACUUCAUGGAUCUGUCUAACAUUUCCCUGAGGAGCACAGACUGUUGGGUGCUGCUGUACUGUCUUCAGUGCUGUCCACACAUCAGAGACCUGAACCUCAUGUACUGUGAUUUAACAGCUGAGAAGCUCAAGAUUCUUCAGCCAGCACUCUGUAUGUGUGAGAUUCUGAGAUUGUCAGUGGAGCACCUGUCAGAAGUUGGAGAUUUGAUCCAGAUUCUGUGUGAAGCAAAAAUCUUGAGAGAACUGAAAGUUCAGGAAGAUGAGAACCGUGCUGAGAGUCCCAGAUGGUCACUUGACCUGUCAGUCACUCAUGGAGAUGUUCUGCUAACUUUGAGCUCCUCAGAGAAGAAUGUGUCAUUUCCUGCAGUCUUAAACAUCACUCUUAGAUGUCCACAAUCAGAGAUAUCCAGCACUGACUGGACACUCUUCUUGCAGAGACUCAGCAAGACAGCAAAAUUAGCAGACGAUUCUUCAGCUCUUGAUGAGCAUGUCAGUUUGCUGCUGUCUUCAUUUCACUCUGUGGGUUUGAAGAUGCUGUAUCUUAAGCUGGUCAGUCUGAAUGAGAGCUGGGCUUCUGGGAUCAUUUCCCUUGUCCAGACCUGCACCAGUCUACAGCAGCUCAAUGUGAGUGUCACUGGAUUACUUUUGGAGGAGGUACUCGUGUUACUGAAGACAUCACUGAAUGAUCCACACUGUACUGUCAUCAUUAAAGGGAGGAAGUGCAGUAAAUCCACUGACCAGUGCAAAGAACAGGACUGGAGUCACAGCUGUAAUGAGAAAGUGGAGAUUCACUUCAAACCAAAGGUUUUGGAAAAGCUGAGAGAACUGAACAUCUCUGACUCUGAACCGUCUGGACUGAAUCUUCAGCCGCUCCCAGUGUGUCAGUCUUGUGUUCACAUUGUUGACUCUGAUCAGUGGGUUCAGGUGGAGCCGUCAGUCUGUACAGAUGGAGGAUCAGAGUUCAGGAUCAGCACUCCGGCGGGUCGAUUCGAGUGCAGCAGGACCAGAAUGCGAUGGGUCUGUGCUGGUGAUGUCACUCUCCAGUACCGUGCAGUGGAUGGAGGUUUCCUCAGUGAAGAGCUGGAGAGGCUUCAGUGUGAGCGAAUUGGUCCUGUGAUUGAUGUGACAGUGAUCUCAGGGAAACUGGAGGAGGCCCAUCUGCCUCAUUACGCCUGUUUAGUAGAGUCAGACCCCUCUCUCAGAGAUACUGUGAAGCUCCUCACCAAAAGAGAUGAAGGAAUAUCUUUACAAUCUGUAGAGUUGACCUGUUAUCAUGCCAAAAUAGUCCAACCAUCCUUCUCUCUUACAACUCUAAUUAUAAGCUGGUUCAUAAAGUGGGAAGAGCACUGUAAUCUUCUUCUGUACAUGCGGUGUAAAGAUCCUCUCAUUCUUCACAUCUACUUUUUUUCCAGUAAUGACACUUGUUCAAAAGAAAAAGUUGAGCAGAAUGAAAAAUCAAGUCUUUUGAUCAGUCAUCCCAGACCUAACAGACCAUUUCGGUUGAAAACACCUCACCUUCUUGAGGUUCCUGGUGCUUCUGUCCAUCCCAUAGAAGGGAUUUCAUUUAGAACAGACAUUGACCCAAACUUCUUCAAGGUCAAGCAACAUCAGCAUGAUGAUGUAAAAAUGAAUCUUAUCAGAGAGGAGGACAGGAAGUCUGUGUGGAAGGCUACAAUAUGGAAAGAAGAAUUUGACCCAGUAAAUCCAAGGCAAAUCCAAAAAGUUCUGCAUCUGUGUUCUGAGUUUGGUAAAGGUCAGUUCUUUGAGAAACACAGAUCAACUCUCAUUAAAAGAGUUAAAAAUGUGAAGAGCAUUGCAGAUAAACUGCGUGAGCAGAGAAUAAUUCAUGAGGAACUAUAUUCUGAAAUCACAUAUACUAAUUUGACCUGUCAGGAUAGCAUGAGAAAGAUCUGCUCCACAGUGCAUUCAAAUGGUGUGAUUGCAAAAGGUAAAUUCAUUGUAAUUCUUCAGGAAGAAGAGCCCCAUCUCUUUGAAGAACUUGUGCAUUCAGAUUCUUAAAGAUCUCUUAGUGAAAAUAUUGCUUUAGAUGGGCAACUGUAGAUAUGGUCAGCCAAAAUAUGCUGAAUGAUUAAAUGUUACUGUUUAAUUUUAGAAUGUAAGAUAAAUUGAUUUCUGAACAGAACUCAAAUAUUAAUUGAAAAUUAAAUUAUAAUAAUAAUUAAAAAAUAACUGGAGAUUUCUCAGGAGGUACUAAUAUUUUUACUAACUAAAUUAAAGACAACACAAAUGUUCAGCUUAACUGUACAUAAACUCAUAAAACUUCAAGACUGCUGAAGUAUAUUUUGUCUAAUAAGAUUGUUGAAAAAGGUGAAUGUAAUUUUUUUUUAAUGUACAUUUUUUUUCUGUUCAGUUGUGUCGUAUUUGACAUGGUUUAGGUACAUUAACUGCUUCUUUGGUAAACUGAAUUUUGACAUUACAAAUAAUAAAAAGUUCCAAUUGUGAUAUGAG